AUGCAAUGGGCAACAACCGUGUCGUCGGUGUGGGAAUCUGGAUUUGACUUGGAUAUAACAAGUCUGAGAUCCCAGAUCACUUCACUUCAGGUAGAAUUAGAAGCUGUAUCCGCACAAUUGAAGCAAGCCACAGAACAUCGAGAUUCCGAAUCCAAGAAUGAGCACGAUACUCCUGGAUCUGGGGAGAGGCAGGGUCCCGCGCCUAUCAUGAAUUCAGAUACAAGCAGUGCCCCGCAUCGAAAAGAUUGCCUAUACCACGGUCCUGCAGGCACUGCUUUCACAUUUGAUAUUGCGCGAGGCAAUUUGCAAUCCAUGGGGCUAAUGACUGAGUCAACCGGCGACGAUAACCCCCUUGACUACUAUUCAGCGGAUGACGAUCCUGAAGUACCGCAACAUAUACGAAACCCUCUCGGUCUCAUUUCAUGGGAAGAAGCGCUACGCUUGUGCAAGGUGUUUGCAGAAGAGACCAAUAUCAUGUAUCCUCUUCUGGACAUGGAUAAGAUUAUGAACCACAUUGAAGCUCUCAGAACAGUCGAGGAUGCGAAGGGAAGCUGGAUGAGCGCGGGUGAUGACAAAGAUAUCAUCGUACUUGUGAUAGCAAUAUCUCUGAUGAGAGAGAGCGCCGGAGAGAGCGAGCUGGGUAGGUCAUUAUUCCAUUCGAUCAGGAAUAAUUUGGAAAAGAAGAUAUGGGCCCCAAUAUCUCUCACAAGUAUCAGUACUCUUGUUUUAGCAGCUCGGUAUCAUUUCUAUGCAGAUGAAGACGAAAGACUGGCUUGGCGCACUGUCGGCAUUGCCGCGAGACAAUGUCUUGAGCUGGGACUACAUCAUACGCAGGGAUACUCAAAGUUCGAUGAAGAAAACUCUCGAUCUGCCCUGGUCCUAUUCUGGUCGGUUUUUGCCUUGGAUCGCCGUUGGAGCUUUGGCACUGGGUUACCCUUUUCGAUAUAUGAAGACGAUAUUGACCCUUCUCUUCCGGAGCCGUUAGAUGCCAACGUUUUUCACCAGGACGAUUCCUAUAUCUAUCUCAAGGCUAUGAUUCCAUACUGUCGAAUUAGUUCCAAAGUCUGGUAUUCCGGUCUUGGAACAGGGGAAAUCUCGAAACUACGAAGGGAUUGCAUGGAAAAUCUCGAUUCACAGGUCCUCCAAUGGUACGAACGGUUGCCAGAAUCUCUCAAGUGCCCGAACCCAUACAGCGUCAUGGUUGGACUCAAUACGGUUCCCAGACAACUCCAAAUCCAAAUGUAUGUCCGGGGAAAUAUCAUGCGCAUCUUGAUCUAUCGGCCUAUUCUCUAUGGAUACGCCAAUAUCACGCAGAAUAUGCCACAGGCAGUGUUAUGUGUGCACCUUGCAAAAGACACAAUUCGUGUCCUAUAUCAGACGCAUAAAGCUACCAAUUCUUACAAAACUCAGCAGACGCUGUUCAAUUUUUUUGUGCUGUCUUCUUUGGCAAUUAUCUUUUUGGCAUGUUUUCAUGAUCCGGCGGACUUUUGUGCCUGUGUUCAAGAGGAGGUCUUUAUGGCUCUCGAGAUCGUCAAGGUCUUGAACACCAAGUCGAGAGUUGCAAAACGACUGUGGAAAGCCGUUCAAGAUCUCCGGGAGGUUGGUGAGAGGCUCGGUGUCCUAUCUCCUGUCAAGAGAUAUCAAACCUCAAGAGCAACUACACCUCAUAACGCUGAUAUUCAGCCACAACAUCUUCCUGUAGAGGGCAAGGACGAGGCCGAUGUUCCAAUGACCGGGACUGGAAUGAGUGCCGAACUGACCAAUCUGCUGGAGGAAAUUGGGAUGUAUCUCCCUCGCACAACUGUUCACUCCGACCAGGGUAAUAAUAAUGAGAGUAAUGAAUUUGAAAGCCGCCUCACUGAGAAACCGUCGUGGGAACAUUCUACCGCGCCUGAGUGGAGUAACGCGAACGAACUAUCUGAGGCACUGAAUCCACUAUUCUGGAAUACGUGA